AUGGCCGGUCGGGCGUCCAGUUCGGCAACCCCGUGGAACCGUCGUACCUCCCGGCUGUCACUGGCAAGCUCCGCGUUCUCCACAGCGGAGUCCUACAACUCAUUCCACCUUCUCGCUGAGCACGCGGGCGCGACGUGGCGAGAGCUCUGGCGCACACGCAUGCUUCUCAUCGACGCGCUCAACUGGGCCCAGUCGGCCGCGGCGGCCGCCCAAUCAGCUGAUCAGCAGAAGCAUCACGUGCUCGCCACCGGUCAGCUGACCUCGAUGAUGAUGGCCUACUUGAUGGGGCAGCAGCAGCAGCAGCAGACGGCCGACGCCACGUUGGACCAGGGUGGCGCGAGCGGGCCAGCCAACACGCCGGACUCGGUCAUGAUGGCCGCGUUGAUGGCAGCCACCGCCGCAGCGCAAGCCGCCAUGCAACAGGGCCAACAAACCCACCACCACCAGGCAGCGCCGACCCCGGGGAAAGCCGUGCCAUGCUUCAACGCGCACUCCUCAGCGGUUACGCCGCCCCUUCUUCACUCCGCUGCCUCGGCGUACCCUGCGUCGGCACCCCCACAAAGCCAGUUUUACCCGCGUUCGCCCCUGGCAGUCGGGUGCCAGCCGGACCUGCUCGUGGAUCACCAACGCGUGCGCAAUGUGCGCCACGACGUCGUCUGUCACCUGGACGCAGCGCCGUCCUCGUCUGUCGUCGUGUCUCCGCCAAGGUCUCCGUGGGACCUCCACCAGCCCCUUCCUCCGCCAACCAUGUGGGGGGGUGCAUCUCCCGCCGCCCCACCGGUUAUGGGGGCGUACGGCUUUGUGCCGCCCCCGCGUCUAAUGACCCAGCCUAUGGGUGGCUAUGAGGCCGUGGCAGCAUCGAAUCCCAAGGACAACGGUGAUGUCAACGGAUCGGAUGAGUUUGACUCGGAGGACGAGGUCAUGUCGACGAGUGGAGAGGAGGUCGAGAACAGGGAACGGAGGAACGGUGGAAGGGUCCACGCAGAUGUAGAUAACGACGACGACGAUGACGACGAGGACUACUGGAACUCCUUUCCGACGCCCGAGGGCCAACCAAGAGACCUGUUCGGCGGAGGAACGUCUGUCGACGCGGACGACGUAUCUAGCGUCAGCCAAAGCGCCAGUCAGGUGGUGGUUGUGGUGCAUGAUGGCGCCAAAUCACCGUCGUCGUCGCCGCCACCACCACCGCCAAAGCAGCAGCCCUAA